AUGAAAGUCGUGGCGCAUCUAUCCGCCUCACUGCUUGCCUUACCAGCUACGCUUCGCUCGACACUUUUGCUUGCCUCGCUGUAUCCGUUGAAGGGAGCGAGUACUGCGGAUCUACCACUACCGGCGCCUGGACAAUACUCAUAUAUCGGGAACACGGCCGGAUACGCCCAUUCAUACUCGAUCAUGGCCUCAGCACCGACCGAAGAGGAUGCGCGGCGGGAAGGUAGCAGUAGUAGUAGUGGUGGUGGUGGCGGUGGGCAGAAAGCCAUGCUAGCCCGCAACCGCAAAGAGCAGGAGGCUUCGCGACAAGAGGCACAGGGGCAGACUGGCUCCUCCAAACCCGGCAUGUUUCCCAUGUCUUACAAGGAAGGCCUGUCGCAAUGGUGGGCAGGCCUGAGUCCAGCAGUGACCGAGCAUAAAGUCCUGUCAUAUGUGCCAUAUCUUCGGCAACCACCUACACAGAUGCAUACGGGUGCGCCGGAGCAGAAAGCCCACGGAGCGAAUAUGGAGGUCGAUCGGAGUUCGGACAAGGAAGCAUCACCCGUGAAGACGGACAGUAAUACCGAUCCUUAUGGGCCUAGGAUGUGGCAUUCCAAUCUCGUGCAGUUGGGAGGCAAGAACAGGUACCUGAACGAGUUCUCAGUGGAGAGGUUGGGCGAAGUCAACGCCAAUAAUCUAGUUAUGAUACAUGGCUAUGGAGCGGGACUAGGAUUCUUCUACAAGCAAUUCGAUGCACUUUCUCGAUUACCGAACUGGAAACUGUACGCGCUAGACCUCCUAGGCAUGGGCCGAAGCUCCCGACCAUCCUUCCGCAUCCAAGCGAAAGACCGAGAAGGCAAAGCGCGCGAGGCGGAGAACUGGUUCAUCGACGCUCUAGAGGAGUGGCGAAUCAAGCGCGGCAUCGAAAAGAUGACAUUAAUGGGACAUUCGCUCGGAGGAUACAUGGCCGUCUGCUACGCCCUCAAGUACCCAGGCCAUCUCGACAAACUCAUCCUCGCCAGCCCUGUAGGCGUACCAGAGGAUCCCUACGCCAUCAACGACGACGGCCCAACACCAGCCGAAGCGAACGCCAUGGCCAAAGAAUUCGCCGAAAGCCAAGACGAGGCUGUCAACGGAGCGAGCAAAGCCGAUGGGAACAAUUUCCUCAACCAAAAGGACAAACGUGAAGCCGAGCAACAACAGCAAAACGGCGGCCGCGAACCCCCUCCGCGGAAAAGACCCUACAGCAAAUGGCUAACCACCCUCUGGGACGCCAACAUCUCCCCCUUCUCCCUCGUCCGGCUCUCCGGGCCCCUGGGACCCCGUUUAGUCUCGGGUUGGACGAGUCGUCGUUUCGGCCACUUACCUUCUGAGGAGGCAGAGGCGUUGCACGAUUAUUCCUACUCUCUCUUCCGACAACGUGGGUCGGGGGAGUACGCGCUAGCUUAUAUCCUUGCUCCGGGGGCUUUUGCGCGCUCGCCGCUUAUUAGGAGGAUUCAGGGGGUGGGGAGGCAAUACCUUGGUCCUCACCCGGUCCCUGAGCCCGACACCUCCACUGUGAACGGUGAGAGCGAUGGCACGACCGCGCAACGCCUCCGCGAAACGGGUAUCCCCAUCGUCUUCUACUACGGCAGCCACGACUGGAUGGAUAUCCAAGGUGGGCGGGACGCGAAAGUGAAGUGUGAUGCUGAUGCUCGAAGGGCUUUAGCUGGGGCUUCGGAGCGGGAAAAGCGGAUGGAGAAUGGAGGGGUUAAGGUGAGGGUGAUUGAUAAGGCGGGCCAUCAUGUUUAUCUUGACGGGUGUGAGCAGUUUAAUCAGGAGGUGGUGGGGGAGAUGAGGGAUGUGGAGGUUAGGCAGGGGAGGUUAAGGCGGGUUGGGGAGGGGGUGUAG